UCACCAGUCGGCCUCCUCGUCUGAUCAACCACACACACACACACACACGCACACACCUGCCUGUCCGUCCGCCUGUUCAUCUCAUCUAUCUGUGAGCAUGUGUGUGGUACCCCGGUUGGAUGGUGUGUGGUGCCCGCGGGAUGGCGGAGGACGGCUCGAAGCAGGGGCAGCAGCGUAGCGGUCGUCGUAGCCUCCCUGCUCGCGGGGCGGGCGGCGAUCGCGAUCGUCCUCAAACUCCUGACCGAUUCAUUGAUUGGGGACACACAGACAUACACACGUUGAUCCGGACUCCAUGACGACAUGAAUGUGUGGCAUUCAUUCACACCGUCCCCGCCCGCCCCAUCGACUCACUCGGUUGUUGCGCUUCUGUCGGGGCGGUGCAGCGCCGCCGCGGCGCUCGUCACGAUAGUCCCAAGGACGCAUCACGUCUGAGGGGGCACACACAAGGCAACACAUACAUACAGCACACCCACACCGCCCGUGUGUCGUAUGUCUGUGUCUGUGCCUCUGUGUGGUGUGGUGUGGUGGUUGCUGACCCUGUCCAGCGCCCAUCCCAGGAACCACAGCAGGGUCGUUGUCACGGAAGGCCCGCAUGUUACCGCCGUAGCCCCCACCACCGCCCCCGCCACCACCACGCCCGUCACGGCCGUCGUACUCGUCCUCAUCAUCUAGGACAACACGGAACACUGAAACUGGUGGCAAUCAAUGUCGGCUCGCUGUCUGCCCUGCCUUUGUGGUGGUGGGGGUGCUUACGCCGUCCGCCGUAUUGGUCGCGGUGGUCACGGUUGUAGUCACGGUCACGGUCCUGACGCACACCGACACACACGCAGGCACAGAUCUGCAUGUAUGUCGAGACGGCAUCAUCUCAUCCAUCUGGCUUACGUCGUUGUAUUGGUAGUUGUUGUUGCGCCCCCCUGUGCGUUCGACGUCCUCCUCGCGAGGCCGGUAGUUGUUGUUGUUGCGCCCCCCGCCGUCACGACGGCCGCCACCACCACCACCUCCACGACGGUCAGGCGUGUCGUACUCAUCCUCAUACGCUGAGUUGAUAAAGAAUGCCAUCCACACGCAAUCGAUCCGCCGCUCCAUGUGUGUGAGGGCAUCCAUCUCUCUGUGUGUUGCUUUCCACUUACUGUCUCGGCCUCGGUCGCAGUCGCGGCUGUCUCGCUGCUGUCGUCGGCUGUCUCGGGGCGCGCUGCCGGAGCCGGGGGGCGGGGCGGUUGAGGGUAGGUACUGCAUGAGCUGGGCCAGCUGCUGCUGCAUCUGCUGCUGCAUCUGCUGCUGCAUCUGUGCCUGCUGCUGCAUCCGCUGCAUCUCCUCCUGGUGCUUGCGAUUGUUCUCGGCCAGCUUCUCGCGGUGCAUGGCGGCCUGGGCCUCGCUCUGCUGCUGCAUAUACUCCAUCAUCGCUGACGUGAGACAAUGGGUGAGAGGGGGAGGGAGGGAGGGAGGGGCGCGCACACACAGACAGAGAGACACACCCACAUGGACGGAUGGAGAGAUGGCUGUGUUGCGGGGGAUGUGUGUGUAUGUGUAUGUGUGUGUGUGCGCGCACCCUUGAAGUCGGAAGCCUGUGGCUGGGGGCUGACGCCUGGUGGAACGGAAUGGAAUGGAAGGGAUGGAGGAAGAGGCAACAAGACAACAGAGGAGGCACGCGUAAAUCGAUUCUCUGUCUUCCCUCUCAGUCGUGUGUGUUUGGUGGGGUGGGUCGUACCGUUGGUCGAUGCAGCCGCAGCAGCAGCGCCACCUCCAGUGUUGGUGUUGCCGCCCCAUCCUCCGCCCCCGACAGACGCCUCGUUGCCCCACCCGCCGCCAGAGGAUGAUGCCGCACCUGCGCCGUAGCCACCUCCACUAGGAGAGGUACCGCCCCAACCUCCUCCACCACCGCCUCCAGCACCAGACGAGUUGCCUCCAGCGGCAGCGGCAGGUGAACCCGACUCCCCAGGAGACGGCAGCAACUCCCCAGCCUGAAGUAAUUGAGAUUCAAAUCAACGUCACGUCAGCUGCACUGACUCGACUCUCUCAGUCACUCACAUGGCUGCUGGGACCACCUGAACCCGACGCCCCACCACGGAGUCUCGCCACGCGUUCAUUGUAAAACUUCAGACGUGUUGGGCCGUCCGGGCGGCUCAGCUGCUCCAGAAAGUACAUCAGUCUGUCCUUGAACUGGUUGAAGAGGUUGAAGCGUUCCUCGAGAGGCAGCACCUGGGUGGCCCUGUCUGCAUCUUUGUGGAAGUCGGUGCACAGCGCUGCCGACCCCUGCAGGUCCCCAUCCGUCUUCCACCGGCGGCGGAGGGCCUCUUGCUGUGCGUUCACGGCAGGCCGCCACACGAAGUUGGUCACUCUCCCGAGGUUGAACUCGUUCAGGGGAGCCAGGAUGUCGGAGAUGUGGCGCCUGAUAUGGGCCGGCGUAUCCGGGUGACUGGCGUAGUUGGCGAAACCCUCCUCCGUCUGAACCAAGACAAACACGCGGCCAAAUAAAGCACCGCUCCUUCGAGUGGCUGACUAUGUGCGUGAGGGCCUACGUGACGUGUUCGAUACAUACCAGGUUCAGCCGACUAGUGAUCAUCUCGCGGAAGCUACGAUACUCGGGAUCGGCAGCACAUCCAAACAGACAAACUGAUAGGCAGACAGACGACCAGAUAGGCAGACAGACAGACAGACAUCCAAAAGUGAGCAUGACUCGUGUUCAUGCUUCUUACAUCGGCAAGCGGGGUCGCUAGGGUCGAAGGUAUCCCUGUACUCGGCCGGCACUGUCUCAGGUGUGUGCACCACCAGCCUGAUCCAACCCAGCCUCCCAUCCAGCAGCAGCUCCUCUCCCGCCCCCCGUGUCAGCUCCAUGCCCCACGACAGGCGAUGGCCGAAGAGGCCAUAUUGGCGCAUGCUCGCCGGUCGGCUGUCGAUUUCCGCCUUGGUGCCCGCGCGCCCCACAUCGCGCUCGUCCAGCUGGAGGGGCAGCCUGCCCACAUCGCGCUCGUCCAGCUGGAAGGGCAGCCGGACGGACUCGAGUUUCUUGGCAAGCUGCAGCAGCGGCACACUCCCUGACCAGUCGCCCCCCACCUCUAUCAGGUGCCGCAGACGGAUCAGCCGAAACACGCGACGGCGACUGGUGGACUGACGCAGCGGCUGGUAGUCGAUGAUGUUCUCCAGUCCGUUGCUCUUGAUGAGGCCGUCGAUGGCCGACGUCACGGCGGUCUCGACUGCACUGCUGCCGGCGUGUGACGUGCUGGCCAUGGUGUUGUUGACCUGGGUGAGAGUGGUGGUCUCAUCGCCCUCUGGACCGAUCCAUCCGGCGAGUGUGUGUUGGAGCUCGGGUGGCAGGCCGUACAGCCGCUGCACGAACAAGUGUGGGUUGGACGGGACGGCACCACCAUCACCACCAUCACCAGCACCACCACCAGCACCAGCAGCAGCAGCGGCGGCGGACGACGCCGCCGCGGCAUCGCCCAGCGAGCUGUCGGCACCGACCUGACCCUGCAGACACCGCCGCAUGCCGGCCCGCAUAGUGACGCCACUCAGCAGGCCCACAUCGAGUGUGUACCUUCUUCUCAUUUGGUGCGGUUGUCUUCUUGAGUGCGAACUUCUUGAAGUUGCCCUUCAGCUGCACACAUCGCAUCGCAUCGCAUCAAUCACACACGCACCCACAGAGGGCAAGGUGAAUGUUCACAGCAUCCAUCCAGUGUUGCGCACCCACCAGAGCCAAUCCUUUUAGGUCCGACACGGCAGACUUGUAAGCCUCCAUGGACGCAGAGAGCUUCGAGAGCGCACCGUUGGCCAUCUUGACUCGAGAUGCUCUCAUGGGCGACUCCUGCACACACACACACACACACACAUGCCGCAUUCACUCACACACGUCACACUUACACAUCCCUCUCAGGUCGCUCACCGCGGCCUUUGUCGCCAGGUACUUGAGUGCCUCUGGCGGCCCCUGUCACACACACACACAGAACACACAAAUAGCGAAGGCAUGGCUGAUGUGGUGUGGUUGUGCCGCAGGUGACAGAGAGAGACCUACCUGUGAGUGUAGGCCCUCAUGAGCUACUUGCGCGUGGCUGCCGAGCAAACCGCCACCUUGCAGAGCGGCUGACACACACACAUCAAUGGGCCGUCAUGCGUGUGUGUGUGUGUGUGUGGUGGUGGUGGUGGUGCCUGCCUUCAGCUCACCUGCAGCCGCCGCCUGUUGGUUCAUCAU